AUGACAUCUAAUCAAACAUCUUCAUUUAAUCAGCCAAAGUUUUGUUCAACACCAGCUUGGAAUCCUUUUGGAAUUACUUUUGCUAAUGAAACAACUAUUGGGCGUUUUCCUUGUGCCAUUUUUAUUAAUAUAAACAAUACAAUUUAUACAGUUAAUUUGGAGACGGAACAAAUCUUAAUGUGGAUUAACAAUAGUAUCAAUCCAAACAAAAUUAUUCCUUCCAAUUUCAGUAAUUCAAAUUCCAUAUUUGUUACAAAUAAUGGUGAUAUUUAUUAUGAUAAUGGUGAAAAGAACGGUCGAGUUGCUAAAUGGAUAUCAAAUACAAAUACUUCUGUUAAUGUUAUGAAUGUUGAUUCAUCAUGUUUUGGUAUCUUUAUCGAUAUUAAUGAUACUUUAUAUUGUUCAAUGUCUGGUGAACAUCAAGUUAUCAAAAGAUGGUUAAAUGAUAGUGAAAUGAUACCAACAACUGCAGCGGGAUCGGGUAUUCGUGGUUCUGGUUCGAAUGAACUUUCUUAUCCUUACGGUAUCUUUGUUGAUUUAAACUUUGAUUUAUAUGUGGCAGAUUCUGAAAAUCAUCGAAUUCAACUAUUUAAACACGGAGGAUUAAAUGGAACAACAAUAGUUGGACAAAGAUCAUCAAAUAACAUGAUUUCACUCGAUUGUCCAUCUGGAAUUGUAUUAGAUGCUGAUAAAUAUCUUUUUAUUGUCGAUCAACAUAAUCAUCGUAUAAUUCGAUCAGGACCAAAUGAUAUUCGAUGUAUAAUUGGAUGUAAUGGAAGAGGAUCACAAUCCCAUCAAUUAUCAUAUUCAGCAACUCUUAGUUUCGAUAGUUAUGGAAACAUAUUUAUCACUGACUUAAAAAAUCAUCGCAUUCAAAAAUUUGACUUCUUAUUAGAUUCUUGUGGUAAGUUUAAAAUAAUUCAUUAA